UGAUGGCGGCAGCAUAGCUUGCAGACCGAGUGAGAGCCACUCCUAUUUGAGUCCCUGGGUCAGAUCACCACCGCGAUAUGUUUUCUAUCUUCCGGCAAGAGUUGCCCUUCUGGUUCCGCUCGCCUGAUUCCACCCCACGUCAACCUUGACGUCAACCCCUCCGCCCCACCAGGCACACCCGUCGAAGCUCUCCAAUGCCCACGCAAAACACGACAAUUUCCCCUCUGACAACCGUCUUCCUCAUCUUCCUGUUCCUCAUUGGCCUCUUCCCCUCCCUCUUUCACUCAAUCGUCUGGGCGCCUUACCAUCUGAUUUUCCGUUCUUCAACGCAUUCCGCAGCCAAAGUCGCAGACAGCGUCCACUGCACACCUCCGAGUAUCUGUACACCACCACAACCGCAGCAGCAACACACACCCUACACAGCAAAAAUGUCCUGGACCCAAAAAACACUCACCCUCCCGCCCUCCUCACGAGGCUCAUACCUCAUCACCGACUCCAUCGUCUCCCAACUCCCCGAAAUCAAGACGUACAAAACGGGCCUCCUGCACCUCUUCAUGCAGCACACGUCGGCGGCGCUGAGCCUGAACGAGAACUGGGACGAGGAUGUCCGCGCCGAUAUGAGCGAUGCGCUGGAUCGCAUUGUCGAGGAGGAUAAAGGCGCGAGGAAGGGGUUGUAUAGGCAUAGUGCCGAGGGGAGCGAUGAUAUGCCUGCACACAUCAAGUCCGCCCUCAUCGGCGCCAGCGUCACCAUCCCCAUCACCAAUGGCCGGCUUGCUACGGGCACAUGGCAGGGCAUCUGGUACCUCGAGUUCCGCGCCGCGCGGCACACGCGCAAGGUCGUGGCGACGAUCCAGGGGGAGAAGAUGUGAAUGAUCUGUUUUGCAAGGGAUCGUGUUCAGAUAUGAAGGAAGGAGGUGGUGACUAUGAAAGCAUGAGGAAUGAGGGAUGAUGAGCCUACGAAGAAAAUGAAGAGGACGAGGAAAGUCCCUGUUUCCCUGGUCAGAGUUGAGUGAAUAUGCACUGCUGCGCAUGCGCUCUCGCGCUGUAACAACAAACAAACAAACAAGUAAACAAGUAAACAAAUCAGAAAAUGGCCUC